GGUUUAGGAACGUUUGUUUAGCGCAUAAUAAAGGUGUCGACGAGGGUGAGGUGAGGAGUACAGUAUGAAUGUGUGUUGAUUUGCCAUCAUCUUGAUUUGAUUUCUGCCGUAUUUUCGAAGAUUCAUUAUGAGUAAAGUGAACCACUUUAGCCUUAGCUGAAUUGCCUUGAAACAUAAUUGAAAAUCAUAAAUACAAAAAUGGACGAUAAAAUACGACAAAUGGAGGACGAAAUGAGCAGGUUCGAAGCUGAAAUUGGUGGUCCAAUAGUGACACCAAUGAUGCGACCGGUUAUUGGUGCUAAUACAUACAGCCAAGUUGCUAGACAAUUGGAACAGCAUGAUUUACCUGCGCCUGUUGUUGCAGCAGCUGCUGCUAGUUUAGCAUUUCCUCCUAUGAUGGGAUUUCCACCACCACCACCACCACCUCCGCCUCUGCUUAUUCCACCACAAGUGGCACGUCAGAACAGCGUUCCAAUCACUACCUAUUCAUCACCAGCUCAAAUAAGCAAUUCUUACAUACCAAACAUUGGGGAACCGAUAGCAAUAAGUUCAACGCCGAAGACUUAUGAAUCAUCAGCAACACCAAUGAUUCAUCCUGAAAUUAUUGAAAAAAUCAUAAACACAAAAAUACCAGACGAUGAAGGUAAAAAAAAGCCGAAAGUGAAGGGUGUAAGUACAGCAGCAGAAUUGGCUAUUAGUCAAGGGAAAGCCAGUUCGAUAAUGGCCAACGCUAGUGCUGAAGAGCCUCAUCCAAAAGGAAAAGGCAAAAAGAAUAAGAAAAUUAUUAGAAUGGCUGGAGGACAAACAUGGGAGGAUCAGUCUCUACUUGAAUGGGAUGAUGAUGACUUCAGAAUUUUCUGCGGUGAUUUGGGGAAUGAUGUAACGGAUGAAAUGUUAGUGAGAGUGUUUGGAAAAUAUCCCAGUUUUCAAAAAGCUAAAGUCGUUAGAGAUAAACGUACGAACAAAACUAAAGGAUUUGGUUUCGUAUCGUUUAAGGAUCCACAGGAUUUCAUCAAGGCAAUGAAAGAAAUGAAUGGAAGAUACGUUGGCUCGAGACCUAUAAAAUUACGGAAAAGUUCUUGGAAACAGAGAAAUCUUGAAACGGUGCGAAAAAAGGAAAAGGAAAAACAAGCACUUAUUGGAUUGCUAACUGGUCGGUGAGGUGGUGAGGACGCACCACCAUGAAGCAAACAGUAAUCAAUCUUUCAUUCAUGAACAAGUGAAGGGAAGAAAGAAAAAAAUCAUAAAUCUAAGGUGGCAGUUCAAGAAAAGUCAUCUAUUUCCUUUUCUUCAAUUAUGUUUAUUCCGAGAAUUAUAAUGACUGAUGAAUAAAUCGCUGCCAAUUGAAUUAUAUUAUUAUUCGGAUGAUCUUCCUCUUUUUUUCUUUUGUUUUAUGAGAAUUAUCAGCGCGUCAAAAACUAUAAUUUAAAGUGAAUAGUUCUUUUUUAUUCAAUAAAAAUAUGGCAGAAAAGUUACAAGGGGAAGAAGAAGAAGAUGUUAACUUGAUGGGUGUGAGUUUGUAAAAAUAUAAUGUAAUGUAAAAUAUAAUGUUCAUUUUUCGAUACUAUUCCCCA